AUGGGCAAGGCUGCAUCGCACCGCCCAUCCUCCGCCGCCGCCGCCGAGAAGACUCCACCCAAAUCCGCUCAUUUGCCUUCUUCCCCGGGAAGCUUUCUUUCAACCAAGAUUUCAGCCGUGGCGCGAUCGUCCGGUCCAGAGACGCCGCCGGCAGAACACCGUCGCGACGCCGCCGGCAAUCCGCCACCAGAGUCCGCUCCAGAGGAGGAAUCAGCAUGGCAGACAGCAGCGGCACAACCGUCUUUGACAACCUGCCAGAGUGGCUCGUCGUCGAUGAGAUCCUUGUCCGGUUGCCGCCCAAAGACAUACUCCGCUGCCGCGCCGUCCGCAAGUCGUGGCUCAGCGGACUAUGAUGCCGAGACCUGGGGCUUUCAAUAUCAGUUUAACUUGUUAGCAAUGGAGGUAUCGCCGCCGAUUGAUUUGGGCAUCAUGCUCAUCCCUAUGACCACCCUGAUCAAUGAGCGUGAGCUGUUGAUCCAGCAGCGUCUUAGCCGUUUGUUGCAUUGUGAAAUUGAUGGUGUGUCUUUAAGAGAUGUGGAAAAUGAAGAGCAUGAAUACCACCUGCUGCCACUUACUGCCCAUCGCCUCCAAGAGAGCAUGAUUUCACUUCCAUUGUUUGAGACUCAAGAAAAUGCUGUGGACAAGGAGGCUCCAUUCGUCAUAGUGCUAUAAAGAUACCUUGCUCCAUCUUAAUGCUUUGGACUUGUUGUCUGCUGUGCCCUUGGGGUAUCUAUCCCAUAUGAGCCAUGUGUUUUUUUCUUACCUUUCAGUGCUACUAAUAGAACUGAACACUUUGUAUAUCUGAAGUAGCACUUCUACUAUCAUCGAUUCAUGAUUGUUCUGCUGUCUUGAGCACCAUGUUGAUGUUCUAACUUCUAAACAAUUGAGUAUCUAUGCUAUGGAAGUGUUCUGUUGUUC